AUGGGCCGUCUGGAGAACAAGAACUGCAUCAUUACUGGAGGAGCUGGUGGAAUUGGUCUCGAGACUGGUAUUCUUUUUGCCCGGGAAGGCGCCAAUGUCCUUCUCUCUGAUAUUUCUGGCCCGGCCUUGGAAAAGGCUGCUGCCAAGCUGAAAGAGGUGGUUCCAGAAGCCAAGAAAGUUGAGACCAAGGUCACCGAUGUAUCCAAAGAAGCCGAUGUCCAGGCUAUGAUUGAGCACGUGGAUUCAUGGGGCGGUGUAGAUGUCCUGUUCAACAACGCAGGCAUUAUGCACGCCAACGACGACGAUGCUGUCAACACGCCUGAGAAGAUCUGGGACUUGACCCAAGCCAUCAACGUAAAGGGUGUAUGGUUUGGUUGCAAGCACGCAGUCAACAGCUUCAGAAAGCACGGCAAGAAGAAGACGAGCGUCAUCAACACCGCCAGUGUGGUUGCAUUGGUGGGUAGUGCAACACCACAGCUCGCAUACACAGCAAGCAAGGGCGCGGUUUUGGCCAUGACCAGGGAACUAGCAAUGGUCCACGCACGUGAGGGCUUCAGAUUCAAUUCGCUGUGCCCAGCACCAUUGAACACACCUCUCCUUCAAGACUGGCUUGGUGACGACAAAGAGAAGCGUCACCGUCGCGAAGUUCACUUCCCCACAGGCCGUUUUGGCGAGGCCGUUGAGCAGGCCCAAGGUGUCCUAUUCCUUGCCAGCGACGAGAGCAGCUUCGUCAACGGAACUGACUUUGUCAUUGACGGUGGCAUGACCAAGUGCUACACUACGCCUACUGGGCCUCCCCUGGAUGCGCCCAAGAACAACGCAAAAUAA